AUGAAAGUUGGCAAACACAUAGUUUUCUACUCAGGAAGUGAUGGAACACAUGAAAAUGGUGUAGGGGCUAUACUAUCUCCUAACAUAGCCAAGUGCAUUACAAACUUUGUUCCCAUAUCAGAAAGGGCUAUGCUACUUCAGGUCAGUGCCAGUCCAAUCAAUAUCAACAUCUUGCAAGUUUAUGCCCCGACUGCAGAUAAACCAGAAGAACAGGCUAUAGAAUUCUAUGACUCCAUCAACGCCAUUAUUGAGAGAAUACCUAAACAUGAGCUUCUCAUUGUGAUGGGGGAUUUCAACGCUAAACUGGGAGCAGGAAAUAAAUCUCAUUACAUUGGAUCGCAUGGACUAGGAGAAAGGAAUGAGCGGGGGGAUCUUUUGGAAACUUUUGCAGAGAGCAAUGAUCUGGUGGUUAUGAACACAUUCUUCAAGCUCCCCCCAAGGAAACUAUAUACUUGGAAAUCACCUCAAGACAGACCAGAAAGGGUAAUAAGAAACCAAAUUGACUAUUUGCUUGUGAAUAGAAGAUGUCGUAACAGCUGUACAUCUGUUAAAACCUAUCCUGGUGCCGACAUCGAGUCAGAUCAUGUACCUCUUGUAGGUGUGUUUAGAAUCAGGAUGAAACGAGUACAACGAGGGAUUUCCAAGGUAUACGAUAUGAGACUCCUGAAAGAUCCUGCAAUAAAAAAGAAAGCUAAACUAACACUAAAUCAACAAAUCAAUGAUAUUGAAGAACAACUGGACCCUGAACAGACAAUUAGUAAGAUACAGAAGGCUGUGGAAGAUAUAAAGGAAGAAUACCUUAAAGCAGAUAAGACCAACAAGAGAAAGCCGUGGAUGACCAACGAAAUAAUGGAAAUGAUGGAAGAAAGAAGAAAAUCCAAACAUGAUUCACAGAAAUAUAGAACACUAAGUAUUGCUAUUAGGAAUAGAAUAAGAGAGGCUAAAGAUAAGGAGGCGGUAGAGAGGUGUAAGGAAAUCGAAUUACUGCAAAAGAAGUAUGACAGCUACAGUGUGCACCGAAAAGUUAAGGAGCUCACCGGCAAUUUCAAGAACAAGCAACUGGGAAACCUCACAGACUCAGAAGGUAAAAUUGUGGUAGAUAAACAAGCCAAAAUCAGCACCUGGAGAAAAUACUUGGAAAAACUGUUUGAGGAUCAUAGAAAGGAACACUUUGACAUACAGGAAACUCUAAGUGGGCCAGAAAUUUUGCAAGAUGAAGUGCAAGCAGCCAUUGCACAAUUGAAAGAUGGUAAAGCAUCGGGUCCAGAUAACAUUGAAACAGGAAUCCUCAAAUUAUUUGAUGACAGAACAAUUGUAUUGUUCAACAACAUCUACAACACUGGAAAAAUUCCAUCUGAAUGGCUGAAAUCUGAAUUUGUUGCUAUUCCAAAGAAAACAAGACCAAAGAAGUGUGAAGAGUAUCGCACAAUAAGUCUUAUGAGUCAUCUCUUAAAAGUGUUCCUCAAGGUCAUCCACAGGAGAAUAUAA